AUGGCAUCUUCAUCAAAUUCAAAGGUUGUUUGCCACAGACUACUACCCUCCAUAGCCACAGUGCUGCAAAAAUGUAUUUCACAAAAUCAUGGUGCAUACAAAACGUAUUCGAUAAAAAAUCAAACAGAAUUUAAUCAAAAGGUCAUGCAAAGUGAUCAUCCGGUUGUCGUUGAUUUCCACGCCAAUUGGUGUGACCCUUGCACGAAGUUAACACCCAGAAUAUGUGCCCUCUUGGAUAAUUCGGAAGACAUUGAUUUGGCCAUUAUCGAUGUGGAGAAAAAUACCGAACUUGUGGAUACCUUCAACAUACAAUCGGUGCCGACUGUCUUUACAGUUCGUAAUGGAGAAAUUGUUCAUAAAUUUAUCGGCCUUGUCGAGGCAAAUAUUUUAAAAUCUAUGGUCGAUACACUGAAAACUAAAAAUACUUUGAACAUUAAGGGUGAAGAAGUUCCAGAGGAUACCUAA